AUGAAUAACCGGCAAGCCGUCACAACGCUGGCCCUGAGGGGCAUCUCCAAGAACUACACAGUCAGAAUGGUACAGCACUUCUUGGACACAGCGUGUGGAGACUUCGAGUGGAAGCGUUACAACUUCCUUUAUCUUCCACGGCGUGGACACUCCCAUUCGGGCCUUGCAAUCGUCAACUUCAUCGACGCGCAAAGCUGUGCAACGUGCGAGUGUCGCCUUCGUCUGCUGCAAAGCGAGGGCGUCAUGAGUGGCAUCAAGUCUAUCGGAGAAUCCUAUAUCCAGGGAUUUGCACAGAACCUAGCGUAUUACGCGGCGAUGGUGAGUGAAGAUGCUCGGGAUGCCAACCACGUGCUUGUGCUGGGCCUGAAGUGCGAGAGUUCCGAGGAGUGUUCGGAUCGUGAUGAUCGAAGAUCUCACGGCUCCCAAGUCGGGAUGGUUCGACGACGUGGCAUCACGAGUGAUGCUGUCGUUCUUCCCGGCCCAGGGUCGCCACGUGCCCGAGUUCCAACGGCUGAGGAAGCUGAGCAGAUUCGACGCUAUUUCCGGCUGCAAACGAGCUCGGAUGACGAUUUCGUAAUCUUUUCCUUGUGA